UCUGCCUGCUGUUGCAAUGGCGUUUGCUGCGACAGCACUUUCCGGCAGCAGGGAAAUCGAGGAGAAAGCAGCGACUAUCGUCGCGAGCGGAUACGUUAACGCCUCAAAAAGCCGUGGAUUAAUGUAAUAUUCGAUUAACUUUGUUGUGUUUUGGUUGUUUAUGCCUUCGCUUUGUUGAUGAGACUGUGUUCGACGUUUUCCAAGCGUGAAUCUCCACCUUAAUGCGGUGGGAUGGCCACAGUGCCGCCUGGGCCUAGUAGCGCACUGUCUUCAUCCCCGGCUGAAAUUCCUUCUUUCCCCGGGGCUGGGAGCACGGAUCCGGCGGGGGGAGACGCAAAGCCGGCCUGCUACAGGGAGGACCGUGUACCCGCCGAUAUAGGGAAGAAGUCUCAACCUGUAAACGAGGUCAAUUCGUCGGUUCAGAAGAAACAGAAGAACAUGCUAGCUCGAGCUAGCCCGGCGGCGCUGCACCUCAAAAUGCAAGCCCGAGAGCAGCAGCAGCUAAACGGCUUGGCGAGCCCCACAGAGGACACUGACAGCCAUGAACACACAGGAAACCGGCCUGACAAUCCGAGACCGUCCGUGGACAACUGUGACAGCUGCAGCAGCGGCAGCAACGAGGAGGCUCCAGCCGUCAGAAACAAUAGUGAGCAUUGCCAACAUGAAGGCCACAGCCCCUUCUCCAAAAACGGCAGUCUCUCUCCCCUGGUUAACAAUAGCAUGAACGGGAUGCCGGGCUUCUCAAGAACUGACGCGGCCCACAGCCACCCCGAGGACGAAGGGAAAAAUGAGUUUGACCACACGGAGCCCCCGAGACUGUCCAACGACGAGCCGACGGAGGCUGCCGGGCCCGGCGGUGAGGACAGCCCUGCCGACCCGCAACAGCAGCAGCCGCCGGCCGCUGAGCUGGCCCGGCUCGACCUGAGCGGCUCUCCCGGCCGUGUGGAGGAGGAGAGCCACGGCAUCCGAUAUGUCCGCUAUGAGUCCGAGCUGCAGAUGCCGUGGAUCAUGAGACUGAUCACCAAGGACUUAUCUGAGCCUUAUUCAAUUUACACGUACAGGUACUUCAUCCACAACUGGCCGCAGCUCUGCUUUCUGGCCAUGGUGGAGCAGGAGUGUGUUGGAGCCAUCGUAUGUAAGCUUGACAUGCACAAGAAGAUGUUCCGUCGUGGCUACAUUGCCAUGCUGGCCGUGGACUCGAAACACAGAAGGAAAAGCAUCGGUACUAAUCUGGUGAAGAAGGCCAUCUAUGCCAUGGUGGAGGGUGAUUGUGACGAGGUUGUAUUGGAGACUGAAAUCACCAACAAAUCAGCCCUGAAGCUGUACGAGAACUUGGGUUUUGUCAGAGACAAGCGGCUGUUCAGAUACUACCUGAAUGGAGUGGACGCGCUGCGGCUCAAACUGUGGCUCCGCUAGAGGAACGAAGAGGGGACAGGGGGAGAGGAAACAGGACAGCCAGUGCUGUUCACCUCGUACACUAUCAGCUUGACGGCCUCAGCUCUGCCCUGGUCAUUUCACUCUUAUAUACACACAGUCCACACACCCUCACAAACACACACCUGUGUUCAAACAUAAGGAGUAUGCACAUGGACAUGCAGACACGCCCUGUUUUUGUCCUCGACCUCUGAACAAGAGUUGUUUAGGCAGAACUGGACCAACAUCCCAGCUGAUGUUUUCAUAAAGCAUCCCCUCAUAUUUCCUGUGGGGAGGCAUGGGGGCAAGUGAGCGUGGUCUCUGGGAUGACCUUGGGUUAACCUUUUUGACCUUGGAUGCCACAUCUAUCAGGACGUGAAGAGUGAGGCAGCUCAAGUGAGGACACGGCAGCGCAGCGAAUCCUGGUGCAGAACACAGGACACAAACAGACUUAAAACACAAACAAGGAAGCAGGGCGGUGAAAACAGACUGGGAAGAAAAAUAUUUGUGGAGUUUAUUUUUGUGUUUCUUUUUUAACCUUGGACGGUUGGUGGAAAAGCUAUAGUAUGACUGCGUGUUUGUACCGCCUCAUGUUUUUGUUUUAUUUUCUCCUGGAAAACGAGUGUGUGGCCUGGUUUUUGUUUUGUGUGCAUGUGUGUGUGGCGUGCUUGGUUUCACUACGAGAGAGUGCGAACACUGCCGUUUUUGUUUCCCAUUCUGUCAUGUUUUCCAUCACCUGCCUCAGCCUCCAGGACUGAAGCCUGUAAAGAUAUGCAUGCAUUUAUUUUAAUGUGAGAAAGAGUAUGACGUGUGCGUGCUAAAUAACCCAGUCUAAAGCUAACCCCCUUCCUGUGUUUGGUGCAAUCCUGUUGGUGCAGAGCAGCUGAUCGAAAUCACUCCAUUUUGGCCUCAAACUUUGCCCCUCUUGCUUCAGUGUCCCUCACUAAAUUUCUCAUCACCACACCCUCUGGGACUUUUUGUUAUUUUUCCAAAUGCACUGCCAGCUGCUGCAAAAUCCCCCAAAUUCUCAGAAACCUAGAGACUCCUUGCCAAUGAUCUUGUGGUCAAACGUGUCACUCCUUUCAGAUUAUUCUCCUCUUUAAAAGUGCCACUCAAUCCAGCUGCACUACCAGCCACAACUGCAGAGACCACACCCCCUUUGAAGGCGGCAGCCUCGGCUCACUUCUGGUCUGGUCGAAUUUUUUUCAUAUGCUGGAUUCCCGUUUUUGAGUAUGCUGUGAAUGCGUGCGUGUGUGUGAGUGUUUAUCUCUUGAUGAAAAAGGAAAAUAGACAAGUAUUCUUAGCAGAUUAUAUUUUAUUCUUGUGUUCGCUUUCUGUUUAUUCAGACACCUGUAUGACCUCACGCUGCUCCACGGCGGCUGAGUCCACAAUGCACUUCCCUUGGUGCCCUAAACUCGAUGCACAACCAACCUCACUAACAUUUUAAAGAUCUCCAGCCUGGAAAGCGAUAUACCUGCACCCCAUACACUGAAUAUGGCGACAACAGUUUCCUUUAGCCUCUUUAUUUUGUCUUUUUGAAGUAAAAAUGAACAAAGGUCAGAUGCACUUCUUUGGAAAUUGCUGCAGUGUGUUUGUGCACGUGUGAAUGUGUCCCGUGUGUUUUGGCAACGGUGUGGAUCCUUUCUAGACUUUCAUUUCAGAGGUCUCGUACAGGAAUAAUCAGAGCCCUUGAGGUGCUGUGUUUUGCUCUAGCCUUAUAAGGUCAACAGGAAGAAACAAAUCACACUUUUUUGGCUUUCCACAAUGUAAGGUAGAGUUUAAAAUGAUAGGUAGUUGUGAGGGGAAGUAGAAAAACAACCAUCACAUGACGUAAAUGUAACUUAAAGCAUCAUUUUCCUAGCAGAUUCUCAAAUUAUGCAAUUGGACGUUGGUGUGCUUUCAUUUCCCUGCAACAUUCAGAGAAGAAAGCACUGAAAAGAACUGCCAAAAAACAACAAAAACUUGACUUGAAAACACACUAAACUCUGCAGCAAACAUCUAUGGUAGUCAGAUGUUUUGGGUUUGUCUCCCCUCUGCUGAUCCCAGGAGCUGAAAGAAAGGGAGAGUAGAUGUUUACAGAGUUGCCACCCACCUAACAGCCUGUGUAUGCAAGUUUGUGUCUACGCAUUCAGAGCAAUGGAUCAUAUGACUUUUUUGUUUUUUUCAGAUUUGUAUACGAGUGUUGUUCUAUUCAUUGGAUAUUUUGAGAGCAUGUUUGUUUUUUUGUGAAUCAUCUGUUGGGAAGUGGGCGGAUUGGGUUGAUUUAACAGAUUUGAUGUUUAUUUUAAGUUUCUGUGCUACUUUAGCCCAUUCAGAGGUGAUAUCAGGAUUAUAAGCAGUUUUUAAACUGCUCUAGGCCCUGAAAUACAAACUUCUCUGUUCAUCUGACACUGUUUAUAUUCAUUUAUCUCCCUGUGUUAGCUCCACCUGUUUAUUUUGAAGGUUUCAAUCUUCGGUCCAUGUGUUGGACACUCAUUUUGUCUCAUCUGUGCCCCCUUCCUCCCCCGGCUUAUCUUACUUUAAACGCCAACUACUGAAAGAAGAGGAUGUGUAACACAUUUGAAAUUAACCUGUUUUGUUCCAGGUGUUUUAGAUUGUAAAGGAAAAGGCUGUUUCCUCCUCCCUCUGUGAACUCUGGCAGUUGUGUGAAUUUUCUGGGCAUUACAGCCUGUCACGAAAAGCCAAAAGAGCUCUGUUCAGAUCCCACACUGAAGGGCUUCGUCAUCUUCUAUCAGUUUUUUUGCCAUGGCUUGUGGUGUUGCUUAGUUUUUCUCUCUGACAAUGCAUUUGGAAUAAGUUUUGACUUGACAUGCCAGUGCAGUGUUCACAGAUGUCAGAAGCAGUUUUUUUGUCUUCACCCUGGAUGUCAGCGUGCGAUCUAAAAAAACUCAUUCUAAUAACAACCCCACUUCUCUGUUUCACCCGGGGUGACAUCUGCCAGCCUUCAUUUCGAGUGUUACAAUCAUUAAUUCCCCCAGAAACCAAUUUUGUUGGUCAGAUGGAUGUUUUUCUUGGCUGUGCAACUAAAAGCAAGCAAGCAAGCAACCCAAGGGGCUUCCUGCAGUCUUUUUGGGGCGGCGUGCACCGCCUCCACCGCCAUCCAUGAAGUGUGCAAAAGGGGAGAGCAAAAGGUGUUUUUGCAUGUCUGAUUUCUGUUCCCCCUGUCCCUCCUCCCCGUCCCCUCUCUUGAUUUUGAUCUGGAAAUGUCCAAUAGCUUUUAUUUAAUGUGGAAAAAGAACACAGAAAUAAAUUAUUUGAUUUUUUUAAUGCUGUAAA